AAACUUUUAUAUGAUUAGUCGAAUGUUUAUUCGCUUGUGAUCAGUGACAGGUUGUUGUUCUCUAAGUUGGUGAAAUGUGUUGUAUUAAUAAAACAGUAUUCUUCUUAUAUUUUCUAGGUUUUCUACAAAUCUGGAGUCACACAGCUUCUAUAGUCGAUAAGAAAGAUGAAUGUGUGCAACUACAAAGUUGUCCCCACGUUAAUGAAAUAAUAAAAACUAAAAAGGGUACUUUUGCUGGUACAACUCUACUCACUCUGUUACAUUGUAAAUUCGAGAACAAUCGUAUCUACGUGAACUGUCCAGACCAAAAAGAAGUCACGAAGUUUAUGGAUAGCGGUGAACUCAUCCCAAAUUACGAUAGCUGUGGAGAAGAGAAUGUAGAACAGAGAAUAUCAGGAGGAGAGAAAACUGGCAUUGACGACUAUCCGUGGAUUGGUCUAAUAAAAUAUCGCACAAAAAAAGGUGACGUGAAGCACGGCUGCCAUGGUAGCCUUAUUACUAACAGGUAUCUAUUGACUGCCGCUCACUGUGUUGAUCCAAACAGGUUGAACAUAGACGGUCUAAACUUAACUUCCGUGGUAUUGGGUGAGUAUGAUGUACGGAAUGAAACGGAUUGCUUAGGUGACGACUGUGCUGAUCCAAUUCAAGAAAUACCUGUGGAAUCCUACAAUAUGCAUCCUGAUUAUAAGCUAACUACGUUCGCAAACGACAUCGCUUUAAUACGCAUGAGUCGUGAAGUCGAGUACACAGAUUUCAUCAAACCGAUUUGUUUGCCUCCGAAAAAUUUAAUCGCACCUUUUAAUCAAACGCUGCUGAUUGCCGGCUGGGGCAACACAGAAAAUAACGUGAUGAACCCCACUAAAGUCCAAGCGAGAUUUAUGCUCAGGCGCAAAGAAACCUGUCGAGUGAACCGCAACCUCACCACCAAACAAUUUUGUGCAGGGUCCACCCACAACGCUCAAACCUGCCCCGGAGAUUCCGGAGGCCCCCUUAUGAUGAGAAAAAAACUCGACACUCAGCGUUUAUUCCUCAUCGGUGUGUAUUCCCUAGGAGUCGGUUGCCAGUUCAACACCAACACCUCGAUCUACUCGAAAGUUUCUUCUUACAUCGAAUGGGUCGUCACGACUAUUCACAAGUGAAAAAAGAAACAAAGCUCUCAAUAUAAUUCGUCUUAAGUAAAAAAAUACAUAGAUCCCGAAUAAUUUGUAGAUAAGCAAAUAAACGUAUCUUAAAAAGAAUAA